AUGAGUGACCUACCCAUUGAAUUUACUGAAUUGGUCGAUCUGACGUCUCUAGGAAUUUCCCCUCAAUUCCUAGACUUUAGAUCAACCACUUUUGAAAGUGACCACUUCGUCACCGUCAGGGAAACGAAGGAUGGUUCGAACUCCGUUGCGAUUGUGGAUCUGGCUAAGAGUAAUGAAGUGACAAGGAAGAAUAUGGGCGGUGAUUCUGCUAUUAUGCAUCCUUCUCAAAUGGUUAUUUCCGUCAGAGCCAACGGCACCAUCGUACAGAUAUUCAACUUAGAGACCAAGAGCAAGCUGAAGUCUUUCACUUUAGACGAACCGGUUAUUUUUUGGAGAUGGUUGAGUGAGACCACUUUGGGUUUUGUCACAGCAAGAUCCAUACUGACUUCGAAUGUCUUUGAUGGUAACGUAAACGCCAAACCUCAAUUGCUCACCACAAGACAUGCCAACUUGAAUAAUACCCAAAUUAUCAAUUUUGUAGGCAAUAAAAAUCUUGAUUGGUUCGCUGUUGUUGGUAUCUUACAAGAAAAUGGCCGCAUCGCCGGUAGAAUCCAAUUAUUCUCCAAACAACGUAAUAUUUCGCAAGCUAUUGACGGGCAUGUGGCCACCUUCACUAAUAUAUUACUAGAAGGUAAUGGCUCAACACCAAUACAAGUUUUCGUUACCGGUAAUAGAAAUGCCACCACAGGUGCUGGCGAAUUAAGAAUCAUUGAGAUCGAUCAUGAUGCUUCUUUGCCAUCUCAGUAUCAGAAAAAGACCACCGAUAUCUUCUUUCCGCCGGAUGCUACAAAUGAUUUUCCUAUUGCUGUCCAGGUUUCUGAAAAAUACGGCAUAAUUUACCUAUUAACCAAAUACGGUUUCAUCCACUUGUACGAACUGGAAACCGGCACCAAUCUAUUUGUUAAUAGAAUUACUGCAGAAUCUGUUUUUACCGCUGCCCCUUACAAUCACGAAAACGGUAUAGCGUGCAUCAACAAGAAAGGUCAAGUUUUGGCAGUCGAAAUUUCCAUUUCCCAAAUUGUUCCAUACAUCCUGAACAAAUUAUCCAAUGUAUCACUAGCCUUGACUGUCGCUACAAGAGGUGGUUUGCCAGGUGCAGAUGAUUUAUUCCAAAAGCAAUUUGAAUCAUUAUUACAACAGAAUGACUACCAAAACGCUGCUAAAGUUGCAGCUUCGUCUACUUCUUUGAGAAAUCAAAAUACUAUCAACAGAUUGAAAAACAUCCAAGCCCCCCCAGGUGCGAUUUCUCCUAUCCUACUGUACUUUUCAACGUUAUUGGAUAAAGGCAAAUUGAAUAAAGAGGAGACCAUUGAAUUGGCUAGACCAGUUUUACAACAAGAUAGGAAGCAAUUGUUCGAAAAAUGGCUAAAGGAAGAUAAGUUGGAAUGUUCGGAAGAACUGGGUGACAUUGUUAAGCCAUUCGACACUACUUUGGCUCUAGCUUGUUACUUAAGAGCAAGUGCUCACGCAAAAGUUAUUUCGUGUUUGGCUGAGCUGCAACAGUUUGAGAAAAUUAUUCCUUACUGUCAAAAGGUCAAUUAUCAACCUAACUUCUUGGUGCUAAUCUCUUCUUUGAUUAGGUCGUCACCAGACAGGGCUUCCGAAUUUGCCGUAUCUCUAUUGCAAAAUCCAGAAGCCGCCUCUCAAAUUGACAUUGAAAAGAUUGCCGAUCUAUUUUUUUCUCAGAAUCAUAUUCAACAAGGUACUUCUCUACUGUUGGACGCCCUGAAAGGAGACACUCCAGACCAAGGCCACUUGCAAACUCGAGUUCUUGAAGUCAAUCUACUACACGCACCUCAAGUUGCUGACGCUAUCUUGGGUAACAAUAUCUUUUCUCAUUAUGAUAAACCAACCAUUGCUUCAUUGUCCGAGAAAGCAGGGCUAUAUCAGAGAGCUUUGGAAAAUUACACAGACAUAAAAGAUAUUAAGAGAUGCGUUAUUCAUACCAGUGCUUUGCCUAUUGAUUGGUUGGUCGGCUAUUUUGGUAAGUUGAAUGUUGAACAAUCUUUAGCGUGCUUGAAAGCCCUAAUGGAUAACAAUAUUCAGACUAAUGUUCAAACUGUAGUCCAAGUGGCCACUAAGUUCUCUGACCUGAUCGGUCCUUCGAUUUUAAUCAAGUUGUUCGAAGACUACAACGCUACUGAAGGGUUGUACUACUACUUAGCCUCUUUGGUCAACCUAACAGAAGACAAGGAUGUUGUUUACAAAUACAUUGAAGCUGCUGCUAAAAUGAAGCAGUACAGAGAAAUCGAAAGAAUCGUCAAGGACAAUAGUGUAUACGACCCAGAAAGAGUCAAGAAUUUCUUGAAAGAUGCAAACUUGGAAGAUCAAUUACCUUUGGUAAUUGUUUGCGAUCGUUUCAAUUUUGUUCAUGAAAUGAUUUUGUAUUUGUACAAAUCACAAAACUUGAAAUUCAUCGAAACUUAUGUUCAGCAAGUUAACCCUUCCAAAACUGCUCAAGUUGUUGGUGCGCUAUUAGACAUGGACUGCGAUGAGAAAUUUAUUCAACAUUUACUCCAAUCAGUCCUAGGUCAAGUUCCCAUUGAUGAAUUGACUACUGAAGUAGAGAAAAGAAAUAGAUUAAAGAUAUUGUUACCUUUCCUAGAACAAAGUUUGAGUCAGGGCAUUCAAGAUCAGGCCGUUUACAAUGCAUUGGCUAAAAUUUAUAUCGAUUCCAAUAACUCCCCUGAAAAGUUUUUAAAGGAAAAUGACCAAUACGACACUUUAGAUGUCGGUCACUACUGCGAAAAAAGAGAUCCAUACCUUGCUUAUAUCGCGUACGAAAAGGGCCAAAAUGAUGAUGACUUGAUCAGAAUUACUAACGAAAAUAGCAUGUACAAGUAUCAGGCUAGAUAUUUGUUGGAACGUUCUGACCUAGAUUUAUGGAACAAAGUUUUGAAUUCAGAGAAUAUCCAUAAAAGACAGUUAAUCGAUUCAGUCAUCUCCGUUGGUAUCCCUGAAUUGACGGACCCUGAACCUGUUUCUUUAACCGUUCAAGCGUUCAUGACCAAUGGUUUGAAACUGGAACUAAUAGAAUUGUUAGAAAAGAUUAUAUUAGAACCUUCUCCUUUCAACGAAAAUGUAGCCUUGCAAGGCUUACUAUUAUUGUCCGCUAUCAAGUAUGAACCAACUAAAGUUUCAAGCUAUAUUGAAAAAUUAGAUAACUACGAUGCCGAUGAAAUCGCACCAUUAUGUAUCGAGCAUGAUUUGAAAGAGGAAGCUUUUGAAAUUUACGACAAGCAUGAGAUGUACGGUAAAGCCUUGAAGGUUUUGGUUGAAGAUAUCAUGUCCUUAGAUAGAGCCGCAGCUUACGCUGAUAAGAUCAAUAGCUCUGAAUUAUGGUCUCAAAUUGGUACUGCCCAGUUAGAUGGCUUGAGAAUUCCUGAUGCUAUUGAGUCAUAUAUCAAAGCAGAAGACCCAUCCAAUUACGAAAAUGUGAUUGAUAUUGCUGAACAAGCCAGCAAAUACGAAGAAUUGAUUCCUUACUUACUAAUGGCUAGGAAAGCUUUGAAGGAACCAAAGAUCGAUGGCGCUUUAAUCUUGGCUUACGCGGAACUAAAUAAGAUUCAUGAAAUUGAAAACUUGUUAGUGGGCUCUAAUGUCGCAAACUUGAAUCAAGUUGGUGAUAAACUAUUUGAAAACAAGGAAUAUAAAGCGGCCAGAUUGUGUUACUCUGCAGUUUCCAACUAUUCCAAACUUGCUUCCACUUUGGUUUACUUGGGCGAUUAUCAAUCUGCUGUGGAUACUGCUAGGAAAGCUUCAAACAUCAAAGUUUGGAAACUAGUUAAUGACGCUUGUAUUGAAAAGAAAGAGUUUAAGUUAGCCCAAAUUUGCGGGUUGAAUUUGAUUGUUCAUGCAGAAGAAUUAGAUGAACUAGUACAAAAGUAUGAAUCAAACGGUUUCUUCGAAGAACUGAUUGCAUUGUUCGAAGCCGGUUUAGGUUUAGAACGUGCUCAUAUGGGUAUGUUCACUGAAUUAGCCAUUCUGUAUUCUAAAUACGAACCAGAAAAGUCUUUCGAACACUUGAAGCUAUUCUGGUCCAGAAUUAAUAUUCCAAAGGUAAUUAGAGCGAUCGAACAAGCUCACCUAUGGUCUGAAUUGGUGUUUUUGUAUGCCCACUACGAUGAAUGGGAUAAUGCCGCCUUAACUUUGAUCGAGAAGUCAACGAAAGAUUUAGAUCAUGCUUAUUUCAAGGAAGUUAUUGUAAAAGUUUCUAACUUAGAAAUCUACUACAAGGCUAUCAAUUUCUACGUCAAAUUCCAUCCAUCAUUACUAGUCGAUCUUUUGACCGCUUUAACGCCAAGGUUGGAUAUUCCAAGAACCGUUAAAAUCUUUUCCAAAUCCGAUAACUUACCUCUAAUCAAGCCAUUUUUAAUAAAUGUUCUGCCAAAAAAUAACUCCGUUGUUAAUCAAGCCUACCAUGAUCUGAUGAUCGAAGAGGAAGAUUACAAAGCUUUACAAGAUGCUGUUGAUUCAUACGACAAAUUCGAUCAAUUAGGCUUGGCAUCUCGCUUGGAAUCUCACCAGUUAGUUUUCUUCAAGAAAAUUGCCGCUUUAUUAUAUCGUAGAAAUAAAAAAUGGUCGAAGAGUCUUUCUAUCCUGAAGGAAGAAAAACUGUGGAAGGACACUAUUGAAACGGCAGCUAUCUCUCAAGACGCAAAGGUGGUAGAAGAUCUAAUGACCUAUUUUGUUGAAACUGGUAACAAGGAAGCUUUUGUUGCAUUACUAUAUGUUGCAUACAACUUGGUGAGAUUUGACUUCGUCUUGGAAAUAUCAUGGAUGAAUUCUUUGGAAGACUACAUUAAACCAUAUGAAAUAUCUGUAAAGAAAGAGCAGAACGAUUCCAUUAGAAAAAUCUCCCAAGAGCUGGCUGAAAAGUCAGGCUCUAAUGAAGAACAAAGGGAUGGCCAACCUUUGAUGUUGAUGAAUAGUGCAAUGAAUUUACAACCCACUGGAUUCUAA